AUGUCAAGAAAUCUUAUUAAAUAUACUUUAUUGUUUGUACUCGUGGUUGUAGUAAAUACCAUUUGCUUGGCUGAAGAAGAAGUUGAUAAGACUUGUGAUAAGGUGUUUGUAAUAUAUAAUGUACAUAGUGAUGAUAUCGUUGGUAAAGAAUUGAUAACGACGAUAUCACAAAGACUACCACCCAAUGCCUCUGCUAUUCUGAUAGGUGAUAUCGAUCUUGAUGUAUUAUCAUCGAAUCAACAACAACAACAACAAGAAUCAGAACAUCAAUCAAAUAAUAAAAAUUAUAAAAACAAUAACGAUAAACAACAAAGUAAUCAUGAUCAUAAUGAUAACAAAUCAAAGUAUAAUAACAAUAACAAUAACAAUAGUAAGGUAAUAAUAACAAAGAAUAAACGGCAAUUACCUGGUCAGAUAGGUUCUUUAGUUAUGGCCAAGGAAGAGGGUGGCGAAGAUAUUGAUCGUUGGACUUUGAAAGGACAGCUGAACAGUGAGGAACGACCGACAAACUUGCAAUCGAUGUCCUCUUCCUAUUCACCGCCGUACAGUUCGGCUAAUGCAGGUUCAACAACGGUUGUUGUGCCUGACUUCACCACGGAUAUGCUCACCAAUACCGAGUUACUCGACGAAUUCUAUCAAACAUUACUCUCAAAGCUCGAUAAAAAAGAAUUGGAACUCUACUUGGAGAAACUGAAAAGAAAACAACUUCUUUUAAGAUCAUCUUAA